CAACGUCGUUGGACACCAACACAACAACACCUUGCUGUUCCCUCUUUUCAAUCUCAUCUCUCGCGAUUGCUCUUCAUCGACCACGAACACAGGAUCGGUCGAUCAUGGCAGCAUCAUUGGUGACCGAACAAGCGCAGGAUGGCACGCAGCACAAUUCGCUCCUCUCCUUCGGCACACCCACCGCCUCCUCUCGCAUAGUCUUCGACGCGCUGCGCAAGGACCUCGACGAGGAGUCAGACGAUAAGGACAUCGACAAUGAGAACCGCAAUGCUGGCCCUUCAUCCCCUCCCUCGUCAUCAUCAUCCCGCGACUCCCCAGUGGUAGGCAAGACGCAGCUAUCCCCACAACGCAAAGCCAUCCUUGCCCGCUUCACCUCGAUCAACAAGGGACCUCCCUCCCUCAUCUCCUCCCGGCAAGAGCUCCAUGCCACGCACACCUCUGCGCUGGGCGACGCAUCCAUGUCCCUCAACCUCAACGCAUCUCGCCGCGGUGGAGGGCUGGGCAAUACCUCCACGUCGAUGGACUACGACAUUAUGGGCGCGCCGGACGAUUCGCUGCUGAUCAAGGCAAAGCAGAUGGGAGAGGAAAGCUUCGAUCGUCGUCUGUUGGCCGAUAGCCCAGGCAAGAGGGAGGCGCUGAGGAGGAAGGUGCAGGCUAGACAAAGCGUGGCACCUAAGCGUCAAGGGGUGACGACGUCGUCGGAGCGCAAUCGCUCUUCUCCCGCUAGGAUGGGAAUGGGAGCGGGAGCAUCGUACCCGAAGAAAGGCAACGCGCUCGGCCUUGGCUUGGGGAUUCCUGCCUCGUCACCGGAUAAGAGCAGGACGCGCUCCUUCUCCACCGUGUCGGAUACGUCGAAUCUCUUCGAUGAGCAGGGGGAACAGAGCCUGCUCUACGCGACGAUGAGGGGUAAGCCCGGGCCGAGCGAGGGGGAGAAGGGGAAAUUGCUCGCCGCAUUGCAGGGAGACGACAAGGGGACUGUGAAGAAGCCCGCCUCAACUUCUUCGCCGGUCAGGUCGAGCAAACCAACGAAGCUAGCCACUGCAUUGGGAGCGGCUGGAUCCUCGUCGUCGUCGUCCUCCUCCUCUUCUCCGGCCAGACGAGGAAUCAAUGGGCGUAUCCUCCCUUCCACGCCCGCCUCGGCGCAGGCUACGCCUCGUGCGCGUACAUCGGGUAUCGCUCGCCCCUCUGCAGCUUCAGCUUCGGCGACUCCUCGAGCAGGCACCACGCCCAGUAACGGCAGCAACGCCGUCAGCUCGUCUUCCGCCGCACGGAUCUCCCGCCCCUCGGUGGGCGUAGCUGCUACACCUCGGAGCGCCCGACCACCAGUCAGUGCUGUUGCAGCUACACCACGCAGUCGAACCAUACCCUCUACUUCAGCAACACCCCGCGCAACCCCCUCAUCCGCAUCCGCAUCAGCAUCAGCCACGCCCCGUGCCACCCCUUCCUCCGGCACGCCCCGCUCCCGACCCCCACUCAACGCCAGCGCAGCACGGCUACGACGAUUGAGCGGGCUACCGCAAUUGAUGGACGACGAAGGCAAGAUGAAGCCACCGGCGGGGUCAGCAGUCAAGAGCAGCGCGUCCUCAUCAGUAGCAGCAGGGAGAACGUCCAUAGCCACCGGACCGAGGAGUAGUGCCAUCCCGCAACGACCGCGCAGUAGUAUUCUGACGACAGGGCGACCCUCCCUCGCUGGGCGGAAGGCACUGAGCUCCCCUCGUGCGACGCAUAUUGCUCGACCGGCACCCGGGUCAGCCGUCAAGUCUACCUCAAGCAAGGCGGGCGGUCUACCCGCCUCCCCAUCAGCCGCAGCGGGGAAAAUGGCAAAAGCACGUCCGAUCAGCAUGUACGCUGGUCCUGCCCCCACGCAACUCAAGUCUGCGCCCUCUUCGACCACCUCGUCGCAACCUCAGCUCACCGGUCAACUCCCCACGCGUCGACCCCCACCAACGAGCAUGAGUCGCUCGCCUCAAAUGGAGAAUUCCAACCUCCCCUCCCUCUCGACCAGUCGUAAGCCUCCGCGACCCUUUCUGCUGGGGUGGGGCACGAACCACUCUGUUUGGGGGGAUAGCCCGCCGCUACAGGGGGAUGUACCGCUGCCUGCUGAGGGGCAGGGGGAGGGGAGAACGUUCCCCCGGAAGAGCAUUGCAACUAGCACUGUGCCAGCCCAGAGCGCGGGAGGAGUUGCGAGUGUGGGUGGACUCCUCCCAAAGAGUACGUCGAUGAGCCAUCUACCCGCCUCUUCCUCUUCCUCCUCGGCAUCCACAUCCCUCCCCAUGAGUCGCCUCGCUCAACCCAGCACAGCGAUGGCCCGUCUCCCACCCAAGGCUGGUAGUCCCCCUUCUUCUUCUUCCUCCCCACCCACGUCAGCAGGUGCAGUGGGUGCAGUAGGGCCGCGUAGACCGGGAAGUGCAGGUUCUAGUGGUGGUGCUGGAGGGAUGGGGACAGGGAUGAGGUCGAGUAGUGCUGGUGGGGGUGGGGGUGGAUUUUGGAAGUAUAACAAGUCGCCUGUGCUCGUGGAGGAGAGAGAAUUGGCUGCUGAGUGAAUGGGAAGAACUUGAGGGGAGACUACUUUAAGCAGCCCCUCGCGGGGCAUUGGCGUGGCGAUGUUCGUACUUUCAGGUCCGAGCAGCAUUGAUUCAGUCAUGCAUUCAUCUUUUGGUCCGGCUCGUGAACUCAUUUUUCCACUGCCCUAUUGGCUGGCCUGCCCAUUCUUCCUCCGUCCAUAGACCCAUC